UUACCCACCUUGGAAGGAUGGAAGGCUGAGUCAACCUUGAGCCUGGUGAGAUUUGAACUGCCAAAUUGCAGUCAGUCAGCAGAAGUAGCUUGCAGUACUGCACUCUAACCACUGUGCCACCGUUGGCUCAUAUGUUAAUUAUCCAAGCAAUCUAAAAAGCCAUUUGAGGAGGACGGAAAGAGCCUCUGUCUGACUUUUGGAUUUUCAUCGGCAAGGUACAGCCACAACUGUAUUAUAACUGGUGGGCAACAUGAACUUGUGCAAAGGCUCUCCUAGCAGCAACUGACACCUGUUCCUUGAACAGGAGUUGUGAGUCCAGGAGAACCCCCAAGGUUCAGACCGAGUCUUUCUGGGGGAGUGCCAUCCCAUCCUGAGUCAAAGGUGACAAAGUCCCAGAUCCUGGGCAUACCCAAAGCCAUUUAAUUUUGUCAGGUGACAACUGUCCAGUAGGCAAAUCCAGAAAAAGAAACUCCUGGGACAAUAUUUUACCAAGAAUACAAAGUUUACUGAAUAAAUCCAUCAUCAUCACUUCAGAGGACGUUACUCAAGGGUGAAAGGCCUUUUGGGGAAGGGAAAUACAUGCCUGCGAUGAUUAAUCUCUCUCCUAAUUAAUGUUAGGAUUCUAGUUCUUGAUGGUUUUUCUUCCGAAUGCAGCAGACAAUAAGAAGAUAAUCGCUUCCUUGUCCAUGCUGACAUCCAGAAAAAGAGUUCUUGCUGUCUGCAGCACAGGAUCCUCUGCAUAGUCACAGCUGGUAUCUUGGGAUGCAGUGUUGAACCAGAAUAACCAAGGCUGAAUUAAAGAGGCUGAUCAGAAGAGGAACUGGUAGGAUGUUCUACAAAAAUGCAUCAUGGAAAGAAAGUAGCCAAAGUUAUCAUGGAGAAUUCAUUUUAUUGGGAGUGGCUGACCGCCCUUACUUGGAGAUGUUGCUCUUUGGACUUGUUCUGACUUGCUACAUGAUAACUCUGUUGGGCAACACAACCAUCAUUAUCGUAUCAAGAUUAGAUCCUCAUCUCCAUAUCCCCAUGUAUUUCUUCCUCAGCAACCUUUCCUUUCUUGACCUUUGUUAUACCACCAGUCUCGGGCCCCAUAUGUUGAUGAACUUCUGGAGAAAAAACAAGACUAUAACUUAUGGUGCCUGUGUGGCUGAGUUAUACAUCUCUCUUGCUCUGGGCUCCACGGAGUGUAUUUUGUUGGCUGUCAUGGCCUAUGACCGCUAUGCCGCCAUCUGUCAUCCACUGCGUUAUACUACCAUUAUGAGCCAGUCUCUGUGUUUCUCAUUGGCUACUGUCUCCUGGGGAAGUGGCUUCAGCAAUUCAGUAAUUCAAACAGUCAUGACUCUUAGUCUUCCACGUUGUGGGCAGAACCAGAUAGACCACUUUUUCUGUGAGGUACCAGCCUUAAUCAAAUUGGCCUGUGUGGAUACCUCUUUUUACGAGGCAGAGCUCUUUGCUUCAAGUGUGGUGUUUCUUCUACUACCCCUGGGCCUCAUCACAGUAUCUUACAGCUAUAUUGUGGCUGCAGUACUGAGAAUCCGCUCAGCUGAAGGCAAAAGUAAGGCUUUCAACACCUGUGCCUCCCACUUGAUGGUGGUGUCCCUCUUCUAUGGCUCAGCCAUCUCCAGUUAUCUCCAAUCUCCAUCCAAUUAUUCCCGCGACCAAGGCAAGAUGAUUUCCCUCUUCUAUACCUUUGUCACCCCCAUGCUUAAUCCACUGAUCUACACUUUAAGGAACAAAGAGAUUCAGAAAGCCAUCCAAAGAAUAAUAAAGAUAAAAAAUAAAGAAGAUCAAUAACGAAGGUCAAUGACUAAUGAAGGCCACAACUUUAUUCAGCAGAACAAGGUCAAUACUUUUAACAAAUACUCAUGUUUCAUUGCUAGUAUACUCUUUUUUUUUGUACAAACUCUUGAACAUUUUCUUCCUGUUUUGUAUCAUCUUUGGAAUAAUUCAGGGAGUCAGAUUAUAUUAAAAGUUUCAGUCCUUCACCCAUGGUACACAAAUACCUCUCUUUAGGAAUUUAAACCUGUACUCAGGAGAUAAAAGCGAAACAUUCCAACAACAUCUGGACAAAGAAGUUGCUUUUAUUUGAAGCUUCAAUAAAAGAAACCACUUUUAUUAUUUCAGCUAAUAAAUGUUUUGUUAACAUUUUUCAACUGCUUGUUUCUGAUCUUGCCACUCUCAGUCCUCUUAAAACAGUCACAUCCCCCAAAAAUGUAUUUCCCCAUCAAAGAUCAGACAUCACAUUUUUACCAAAUGGCCAGAUAAAAUGCCAUUGACAGGGCCAGAAAACUUCAUGUAUCUGAUAAGGCAGCACUCCACAAAUGUUUAUGCCAUAAUAAGUUAAUAAAUGAUUUAUUUCCUAUGACUCUUGUUGCAUUUCCAAGUACUGGUUCUAAUUUGGUUUU